CGUUACUGCAAUGACGACUCUUACAACUACUGCAACUACACCAUCUGCUUUGAAUUCAACCCCAGAUUCCAGUACUGAUAUUCCACUUGAUUUUAAAUCCUUUAAUGACGGUAAGAACCUUUAUGUGAAGAUGAAUUUAAAUUUUGUGUUGAAAGAAAAUAAUCUUAUACGUGAUACCGGAAUUACGUGUCAUGAUAAGUUGUUUUAUACCAACAACAACAAAAUGGACACACAGACGAAAGUACAGUAAAAAGUUUUUAAAGGGAGCACAUACAUAUUUUUUUAAAUCUGCUAGCCAAUAAAUUAUGAUGAAUGCAGAUGUUGGAAACAUGCUUCCUUUACGUAUCUGUAUUCACGAUUUGUGUCUGUUUUUCCCAUUUAAUAUAGUUUUAAAAACUUGUUUUUUUAAACAUGAUAUGCAGCCAAAAGUUUCUUCAACCUGGACUUUACGCUGAAAUUUAACAUGACAUUUGUUGACGACCUAAAUGAUCCCCAGUCAGCUCAGUACAAGAAUACGGCACAGAAUUUUACAGCUAUGGUGAGUGAAUUUAGCAGCAAUGACAUGCAGUAGCGUAACUACGGGUGUUCAGACCGGUGAUACCCCCACUUGACAAACUACUAUUUUUAAAAUAAUACUGCUUUGCGAACACAAGAAUAGAGUGCCGCUAGAGUAGGUUGCAUCAAAUCACGUCUCUACCAGAACAGGUUGCAACCAAAGAAGGUUGCAACAAGAACCGGGUGAAACAAGAGUAGGAUGUCGCGCCAGCGGGAUGUCAACAGAGUAGCGACUCAUCAAAGCAGGGUUUAACCUGUCAGGUCGUCACCAGAGGCGGGUGCCACUUGAGCAGGCGGACUUGGAGGAGGCUCAUGUUGGAAAUGUCAAAGGGCAGACACCCGUUAUGGAUGCACCCACCCAAGUGACGCCACUGUUGGAUGAUGGGGAAAAGUUGCUAAAACUCUGGGAAAAGGUAGGGGAGUGUCAGUUUUGGGGUCAUGCCAUCUAGAAGAAGAUAACUCGGCCAGCUUUCUCCAUACCCGAAACAAAAUUAAACUGUGGCUUUAGCUUAAAUUUUAGGAGAUAGUCUCUAGCUUAAAUUUUGUAGAUAAUUUCAAAGCGUGGAAGGUAUGACUUAAAUUCUUAGGGUGAGGCUUUAAGACAAUUCUUGGGACAGCAACGAAGUUGGGAAUGUAGGCCGUGGGUUCGUUAAGCAAAUUAAAGCCUAAAAUUUAAGGUUAAUUAUUUGUUUAUAUUUUUUUUUAAAUUGUAUUUUAUCCUUCUUUUAAAUAAUAUUUUUCUUGAUGAAACAAUAGAUCUGUUCAUUUUAAAGAGCGGUUAUCACCUAAAGGAAUGUAGAGACUGCCCUAGGCCUGACUAUCAUUUUAACUUGGUCGGUCCCGUAAAUCAUGAGUUCCUUUUUAUUUUGUUCCGUGUCAGUGGCGUCUGAAGGUAGUUCGAAGGAGGUGGUCCGCAACAGGCGGCGUGGCACUUCUUCUAUCUUUAAGAGGGUGGCAUUUUGGCCUAACGUACGUUUUUCCAUGGAAGGGGGCACAAACACUUUUGGCCCGCCGAGGUUGGCUAUCCCAAUGUUCGGUCUAUCACAUGAUAGUGAUUUUUAAUUAUUAUUUUCUUUUAGUUUCAGUCUUGACGCGAUACGCUCUUUAUUUAAUUUCAUUUUUUUUUUCUUUUGAGUCGCCAACAUGACAAAUGACUUAAUUUUGUUCAGUCUCCAACAUGACAAAUGACUUAAUUUUGUUCAGUCUCCAACAUGACAAAUGACUUAAUUUUGUUCAGUCUCCAACAUGACAAAUGACUUAAUUUUGUUCAGUCUCCAACAUGACAAAUGACUUAAUUUUGUUCAGUCUCCAACAUGACAAAUGACUUAAUUUUGUUCAGUCUCCAACAUGACAAAUGACUUAAUUUUGUUCAGUCUCCAACAUGACAAAUGACUUAAUUUUGUUCAGUCUCCAACAUGACAAAUGACUUAAUGUUGUUCAGUUUCCAACAUGACAAAUGACUUAAUUUUGUUUAGUUUCCAACAUGACAAAUGACUUAAUUUUGUUCAGUUUCCAACAUGACAAAUGACUUAAUUUUGUUCAGUCUCAAACAUAACAAAUGACUUAAUUUUGUUCAGUUUCCAACGUGACGAAUUACUUAAUUUUGUUCAGUUUCCAACAUGACAAAUGACAUAUUUUUGUUCAGUCUCCAAAAUGAUUAAUGACUUAAUGUUGUUCAGUUUUCAACAUGACAAAUGACUUAAUUUUGUUCAGUCUCCAACAUGACAAAUGACAUAUUUUUGUUCAGUCUCCAAAAUGAUAAAUGACUUAAUUUUGUUCAGUUUCCAACAUGACAAAUUACUUAAUUUUGUUCAGUCUCCAAUAUGACAAAUGACAUAUUUUUGUUCAGUCUCCAAAAUGAUAAAUGACUUACUGUUGUUCAGUUUUCAACCUGACAAAUGACUUAAUUUUGUUCAGUCUCCAACAUGACAAAUGACUUAAUUUUGUUCAGUUUCCAACAUGACAACUGACUUAAUUUUGUUCAGUCUCCAACAUGACAAAUGACUUAAUUUUGUUCAGUCUCCAACAUGACAAAUGACUUAAUUUUGUUCAGUUUCCAACAUGACAACUGACUUAAUUUUGUUCAGUUUUCAACCUGACAAAUGACUUAAUUUUUUUCAGUCUCCAACAUGACAAAUGACUUAAUUUUGUUCAGUUUCCAACAUGACAACUGACUUAAUUUUGUUCAGUCUCCAACAUGACAAAUGACUUAAUUUUGUUCAGUCUCCAACAUGACGAAUGACUUAGUUUAUCCAGUCUCCGACAUGAUGACUAAUGCAAUAAUGUUUCCCUCUUCUUGUUUCAGCUGACUCCAGUUUACCAACAGAUCCCGAGUUUCAAACAAAUUGAUAUUGUUGACCUCGUGUAAGUUGUUAGCUCAAUGGAAUUGUUAACGAUUUGUGUAAUGAACGCGUGUGUGGAGAUUAAUUCUGUAGCUUUUGCUACGUGCUUUGUAUUAGUGACGUUUUUGGGUACGAGUGAUGACGUUGUUGGUUGUUAUGGUUUUGAUAGUGAGUUGAGGAGAGAUAAUGGAAGGAAGCAGGCACGCUGUGCAGUUUAUUUUGCAAUAAAGAACCAGUUCAAAUAUUGACCUUGGUGUCGUUACUAAUAAACCCGUAGAUUAAACGAAGCUAUUGAAGAACUUAUUCAGGGUGUAGUUCGUAACAUUUGGGAUCAACUGUUCAUCCAACCAAGAAGCCUGCAUCUGGUGACUGUUGCGAAAUGUAUUUCAAUUACCGUGUUUGGGGUUACCCCUGCCAGCCACAGUGUAUGAAGAGAUACUCAUCUGGUGGCCGUGUGUGCAACGAACCACCGAUACGUAGGAAAGGAAGGGGGAGGGGCCUGAGGAGAAUGUUGAGACAUUUGAUGUAGCGGAUGGAUGAUAUAUCAUUUGAAUAUGGUAGGGCUCGGGUUUAAAUUUGGGAUAAGUCGUGGAAAUUUACUAAAACAACUCGCAUACAAGAGUGUGUUGGUAGCAUAAUUUGAAGUAGCUUACUGUGUAACCUACCAGAUAGCCAGCCAUCUAGAGUGUACGUUUUCCUCAUGGGCGUAGCUUGUGUUAGUGCAAGUUAUUUUCCAGCCUAUACCAUGGAAAAAACGCAUCGCUUGGCUUAAAAUGCCGCCCUUACGUAUACAAAGAAACCACCCGGGGCGUACCACCCCCUACCUUCCUACGUCACCGCGUCCUCGGUCAAGAUUUGUUAUUAUUGUGGUAGUCCUAAAAAAUCGGGCCUAGAAGAAGAUGUGAGCGUUUCCCUCACGUCGAGGAUGUCAGAGAACUUUAAUGAGGCGUGGAAAUUCUGGCACUGAACAUUGGCCACCUUUCGCUUCAUUACCAGGCAGAAUUUAACAGAUGGACGCUUAGCUGACACUUUCCUCUGUAUAGCUGUGAAAGUUUAAGUGACAUGCUCCGAGAUAGAAUGCUGUAACAGGUGGACGCUUAGCUGACACUUUCCUCUGUAUAGCUGUGAAAGUUUAAGUGACAUGCUCCGAGAUAGAAUGCUGUAACAGGUGGACGCUUAGCUGACACUUUCCUCUGUAUAGCUGUGAAAGUUUAAGUGACAUGCUCCGAGAUAGAAUGCUGUAACAGGUGGACGCUUAGCUGACACUUUCCUCUGUAUAGCUGUGAAAGUUUAAGUUGAAAGUUUAAGUGACAUGCUCCGAGAUAGAAUGCUGUAACAGAUGGACGCUUAGCUGACACUUUCCUCUGUAUAGCUGUGAAAGUUUAAGUGACAUGCUCCGAGAUAGAAUGCUGUAACAGAUGGACGCUUAGCUGACACUUUCCUCUGUAUAGCUGUGAAAGUUUAAGUGACAUGCUCCGAGAUAGAAUGCUGUAACAGAUGGACACUUAGCUGACACUUUCCUCUGUAUAGCUGUGAAAGUUUAAGGGACAUGCUCCGAGAUAGAAUGCUUUUACAUUGCCGUAUAUCAAAGCAACACAAUUUUUACAUUCUGGGUAGCCGUAUUAUCUAUAUACUUAUUGAGUAUUUAUUGCUAGGAUGAAACAAGAUAAGAAGAGAAGUACAGAAAAGCACAUCGUUGUUUUUACCGGAGUAAAUAUUAUCUGCUUAAAUUAUCUGUCAACAUUCAGUUAUUUGUUAAUUUAAUAGAAACCCAUGAAGCGGCUGGCGGCCGUGUUUUACUUGUGUUGUCACUGAACUUUUGCAUCAACCUUAUGGCAUCUCUUACCGUUAUGGUACCUCAACAGGCCAGGAAGCAUCAUUGUCCUAUACACUACGCAGUUCAGCCUCAGCUCAAACGACAAUGUCACAGAAAUGCUGAAGAGCUCACAAGCUCCGCUGUCACAACUACCCAAUGUAGACUCUGAAUACUUAGCUUACAACUACCCGUUACAGAUGAGGAUGGGUAAGUCCAUUCAAUUUCGUUGUGCUACGAUAGAGAAACUGAAAUCAUCAGGACGAUUACGGAAAAAAAAAUUAAAUGCAUCAGCCAAUGUUGAAAGAAUAUUAACGAAAUAUUCAAAUAAUUGCAGUAGAAGUAUGAAUAGUGAAAUAUAUUGCUCAUUAGAAGUAACAGAAGGCAGAUUAAACAUGUUGACUUAUUUAAAUCUUUAUAUCCCAAUUUCCCCAGCGGUUUGUCUUUGUUCUUACCUUUAAAAUGUGUAGAUCAUUCCCCACUUAACUACACCGCUGCACAAUGAUUGUACAUCGACCACAGACGUCAACAGAGAUAUCUACUGAGGUGGCUUCUUUCACGUUCAUCGAAAACUAAAAUCCACAAAAUUUCAUUUCGAUUUUCCUGUUUCUCGCCCAUGUUUUUCGACUAUAACAUGAGAAAGUUUAACUUCCAAUGUUCUUGCUUUGUGUGGUACUGUAAUUGAAAUCGAUUUGUCCCUAUCUACCCUUACUACCCCUCCAAUCCACUUAAAUCAUUGCAUGUUACACGCUUACACGCUACCCGAGUGACAGUGUUAUAGUUUCGAGUCCAAACUUUUUAAGCCCCUGUGGAUUCAUUUUCUUUUCUUUGCUGACUUUUCUGCAGUAUAUAUUCAUGAAGAAGAUAAUGUUUCAUUUUGAUCUAAACAGCGCGUUAAAAUACAGUUAAUUACAUAAAUAAAUGUUACAGCGGCACUCCUGUAUAUAAUUUCGGUCUAUUUUUCUGCUAUCCCAAAUGCUGUCUUUGGUCCACAGCUGCCAGUACUAUCAGUGAGAUUCUGAACGACAGCUGCAGGGCUGUAGGCAUAUGUGAUCCUGGUUACACGUGCCGAGCAGACCUCAAGAAGUGCGUCCAUAAAUGUGUUGACUAUACGUGUUCACAAAAUGCAGAGUGCUUUCUCAACGAAUACGACCUGCCCCAGUGCAGGUGAGUCUUUUUCAAUAUCUAAUACAGGGUAAUCAAAACAGAUAUCUGAGCCAUGUUAAGUUAUCUCUGUACCUGAGACAGGUUAGAUAAUCUCCAUACCUGAGACAGGUAAGAUAAUCUCCAUACCUGGGGCAUGUGAGGUAAUCUCCAUACCUGUGACAGGUUAUAUAAUCCACAUACCUGAGCAUGGGCGCCCGCAGAAAACUUUCUAGGGAGGAGGGGGGGGGGCAAAAAAUCGAUUAACUUUCUAGGGGGAGGGAAAAAAAUUUUUAGUAAUGUUUUAAUGUAGUUUUAAUUUACUGUAGCUUAUUUGUAUGGUGAACGAACGGACAGGACAUCAGCUUAGUUAAUUUCUCUUUAUUUUCUCUUCACUUUAAUAAAUUUUUUGUCUANCCGGGGGGGGGGGGGGGGGGGCAAGUGCCUGCGGGCGCCCAUGUACCUGAGACAGGUUAGAUAAUCUACAUACCUGCUGAGAAAGGUUAGAUAAUCUACAUACAUGAGGAAGAUUAGAUCAUCUCCAUACCUGACAGAUUAGUAGGUCUUCAUAUCGGAGAAAGUUUAGUCGAACUCACAAUCACGGACAGAUUAUAUAUAUAUUCAAAUCUGGGAAAAGUUAGAUAAUGUCGUUAUGUGAGACAAGUGAGCAGUUCGCAUAUUGCACAAUGGUUUACACUUACUGAACAUUUUUUGAAUAAUCUUUGUUUGUUUUGUAUGUUGUUUUUUCAUUAACAACAAUAGAAAGACAGUGUAGCGGAUGUGUAGAUGAGCAUUCUGUGUAGCCAAGUGAUUCGAAUUUAAUGUAGACAACAAUUACAUAUGUUAAUCUUUUUUUUUAAUUUUUAGAAUAUUUCCUGAACGUAAUUUAAGAAAUUUUAAAUUAUUUUCUUUCUUUAGUGCAUUUUAGAUCGUCUUUGAUAAAAUUAUAUUAGUUAAGUGUUAUUUUAAAAAAUUAAUUUAAUUAAUUAAUUUUAAAAAAGGAGAAACUAAUUUUAAAAAUUAAUUUUUAAAAUUAGUUUCUCCUUUUUUAAAAUUAAAAUUGUAUCUUUAAAUUAUCGACAAAAGUUUAAGUAUUUAUGUUUUAAGCAUCGAAUGCUUACAAAAUCUCGGCUAAAGUGACUCAACACUUUACCUAGGCAUAGAACCAAACAGUAGAUGUGAACCCAUGUUCAUUGGAGCGAAAUUGUCAAUACACCUACGCCAACCCAAGUAUUCUUUGCCAGUCGUUCGCCGGGUAAACACUGCACGGAACAACUCUUAAAAUGUCACGUGUGUCAAAAUUAAUCACUCAAAACAUAGAAAAACGCUCUACAAGAUGAAGAUGCGACAAGAUAGAGAAAAGGACUUCAAAUAUAAAAAAAUAUAAAAAAUCCAAGUAAUGUUCCAACUACACUACAGCACAUACUCUAACUGUGGCGGACCGUGCCAUUUUAACUUAUAUGUUCGCUACAGUUGGAAAGUAUCGAUAAAACAUAUCCGUUUAACAGUCUGAAUAGUCGGUAUUUGACAACUCUUAUAAAUUUAAGUACAGAAUGCAGCUUUAAGUUUCAGUAAACUGAGGUUAGUUGUUCUGUCGGGCAUCACUCCCAAUAAAUGCAAAUGUUUACAGAAAUCCAUUCAGGUAUGCGCCAAAAUUCAUCGCCGCAUUUUAAAGUAUCUUAUAUUGUAUGCCCCACCAGUCCCCCAGACACCUAUCAACACAGUCGGUACUCGAUCGAUCCCCAGGCCCUCUCGACACCCACCCCUAGAACCAUUUCAUAACAUUCAGUGCCCCACCAACAUCAGAACUGUUUUACCAAAUUCCGUGCCCCCUUAUUUAUUUAUUUAUUUAUUUAGGCAUUUUUAUAUAGCGCUUAUCAUAAAGCUCUAAGCGCUUUACAAUUAUUAAAACAUGUAAACUAAGUAAAUACAAAUGAGACACUAGGAUAGUAACUACUAUUCUAUAGAAACAAUGAAAAUGGCUAUAAAACGAGGACACUUUGACACUUCAGGAUUAAACCGAAACAGAAAAUUAGGUAGGGCAAGGAGGGUGCAUCACAGGUUAUAAACCAGACCCCUCUCAAAAUAUUCGGUUCCUCAAACCCCCCGACAACUAAUACGACAUUCGAUCAACCACUCAUCCCAGAUCCCUUUCAACACAUUCGUCGCCCCACCCGCCACAAACCCCUCUCACCACAUUGAGUAACCCCACCCAACCCAGACCGCUCUCAUCACAUUCGGUGCAGGAGCCUGCUUUGGGUGCCAUUAUGGCUAAUUUUGGCACUGAUAGAGAUCUCUUGCCCCCUCCCACCCCCAAGCGCCAUAAAUGCCCCCCACCCCGAUGAAAUGGCCUGAAAGAAACCAACAGCACCAUUUCAGUGGACGUAACGUCCUAUCCUAAUGUCGUUGUUUUUUUUUUUAAUCAUGUUUAUAAUGGUGUGUCUGUUACAGAUGCAAACAGAGUGAAAAGUACGUAUACAGCGGUCCCAACUGCUCUAUAGUCCAGGAGAGGCUGUCACUGGGAUCCACUGAAAUCAUUGCUCUGGGCGUUAGCGUCGGGUUGGCGGCAAUCAUAGUGGCUGUUAUUCUGACGUUGACCAUCAUACGGUGCAGGAGACGCAGGUGAGUUUGGCUAAAAGUUUGUAGUAACUAAGAUUGCAAAGACAUUGAUAGCCAUCCACUCUUGGGUUUUAUUUAUACAUAUCUCUUAUUGGCUUUAACAUUGACAUCAACAAUUGGUCAACGAAGGAAAUCAAUGAUAUGAUCCAAAUGGUAUGUGAGUUAAAAUAUAAUGAACAUAUUUAUACGACACAAAUAUAUAGAUGUAAAAAGGUAUAUAUAUAAUUGUGUGUCUAUAUAUUCCCAUCAGAAAGCAAGCUGCGGACGAACAGAGCAACUUUGUCACCUCCGAGUUUGAAGACAACUCUACACCAUGGUCGGGUCCCGACCCACUUCGACUGGCCCUCUCCGGAAAUGAAAUCCACCGCGACAGGCGGACCUCCUCCGCAUACAACAGAAACCACACUCUGUUACCGGACAACGAUGACCGAUUGCGCGAGCUGGGUACCCAAGACGUCAUCUAUAUUCCUGAUCCGGUGUAUCCUGGCCGCCGUGACCAGCUCUCCCGGACAGACCCGCACUUUCGAUUUUCAGAAGCAGAUCUCUCGGAGAGAAAGCCGACCUUGAGGAAAGCUCGCGAGGACAGUCCGCGUGAGUCUGCCCAGUUAAGGAUACACACGACUGAGCCCUGAGCCGAGCCAAGCUCUGCCCCUGGCAUACAACCCCAGGGUUUGGUCUGAUCGUACAUCGUACUGGAGCGAUGACGCUGGUGAGGCUUAAUUGGAACAUGGGUUUAUCUUCUUACCUCAUUUUUUUCUUUUAUUUUUGUUUAUCAUUUUUAUUCAACAUAUCCUUUGGACUGCCAAUGAGUUCGACAUAUCAUCCAAUGGAUUGCCAAUGAGUUCGACAUAUCAUCCAAUGGAGUGCCAAUGAGUUCGACAUAUCAUCCAAUGGACUGCCAAUGAGUUCGACAUAUCAUCCAAUGGACUGCCAAUGAGUUCGACAUAUCAUCCAAUGGACUGCCAAUGAGUUCGACAUAUCAUCCAAUGGACUGCAAAUGAUUUCGACAUAUCAUCCAAUGGAUUGCUAAUGAUUUUGAAAUAUCAUCCAAUGGGAUGCCAAUGAUUUUGACAUGUUUCUUAAUUAAGUCCAAGCCAGAUUAUGGGAAAGGAUAAAUUGCUAUUUGAGAGUAUUUACGUUAAUCAUAGCCGCUGCGCUGGCCCUG